AGAAUCCUGAAUUACAUGGAUCCGUCUGUCAGGCCCUGCGAUGACUUCUACAAAUUUGCUUGCGGGAAAUUCCUGGAAUCUGCAGAACUACGUGAUUAUUUGUCAAGUAACUUUUCGUUCAUCCAAGUAGACGAAAUAGUGGAAGAUCAGUUGAAGGCUAUCCUUUUCGAAGAGUCAACACCAGAUGAACCUAACCCAUACAAGACAAUGAAACAUUUGUUUUCACUGUGUUUGGAUGAAGACAAGAUAGAUGCCAGAGGAGUAAGUCCAGCGGUCUCUAGGCUGGAGGCUGCUGGAGGCUGGCCGGUGCUGGGAAACUGGAGCCACUUUGGCUGGAGCUUCUUGGACACAGAAAUACGACUGAGAAACCUCUCUAUCGGUGGCGGAAGUCUCUUCCAGAUAUACGUAUCCGUAGAUCUAAAGAAUGCCAGCAAACGUGUCAUCCAGAUUGACCAGGCCGUCUUGGGACUGUCACGGGAGUUUCUAGUGAAGGGGCUGAGUAACCCCAUAGUCCAGGCCUACUACAGUUACAUGGUGGACAUAGCGGAGAUGUACGGGGCAGAUAGACGUCUGGCACAAGUGAAACUCAACGAGAGCUUAAUGUUCGAGAUAGAGCUAGCAAAGAUAACAAUACCACAAGAACAAAGGCGGGAAUUGGAACGCAUGUACAAUUCCUACGACCUGGAAGACCUAAAUAACAGAAUUCAA